CAACAGUCUUGCUGGCUGAAGCCUCAUCUCUUGUGCUUUGUGUCGUUUAAAGCCUAACACAAAGGGUGAUAUGGAAGUAAAUGGAAGGUAAUGGCCUCACACAAGGAGCUUUGGGGAUGCUGAAUUUGGGAUGCAGGAGCACAGAGUGACUAACUAGGACAAUGAAGGCAACAGAGACAGAAGAAUCUCAGGAUAUAUCCGUGCAUCUGCUGCAAUCCCUGGUUGAGAGAGCAGAGGAAAUUAAUCAGCUCACAAAGAACGUGCAGAUUGAGAACCAGCAGCAGUUGGAGGAAUGGUGCUUACUUUCUGCAGAAAAUGAAAGGUUCAAAAGGGAGCAGGAGGCAAGGAGUUUUAAGGAAAAGAUGGCAACCCCCAGUCACCUCAACUUGGACCACAACUCAGCUUUAAUACUACAGCAGCAAAUUGCAAGUCUUAAGAAUCAGGUCGGUGAUCUUCUGGAGGCCAAUGAGGCUACUGUUCUGGAGUUGGCAAAUGCAGACAAAGAGAUUUCACAACUGAAAAAUGAAAUGGCUCAGUUAAAAUCUGAAUAUCUGCAGAAGAUAAAGGAAUCCAAAGAAGAAAAUAAUCUUCUCAAGGAAAUGAUGAACACAAUGAGCAAGAGGCAUGCUCCACUAGCAACCUAUAAUCAGGACCUGCAUGAGGAGAUUUUUCAACUAAGACGCGAGUCCAGGAGGUUGAGAGAACUCUGUCACCAACUAAAUGAGGAAAACCACAGACUGAAAGAAGAGCUAUGGGAUGUUAAGAGGGAAUAUGAACGGCUAGCAGAGAUGGCAACAGCCAGAAAGAAAGGCCAGACCACAACAUUAAUUCCUUGGACUGAUCUUUGCAAAAAAGACACUCAGACUAGAAUUCUAUCAUCAGUGCAGUAUGGCAGGAAAGAAGGUUUACAAACAGAUGAGGUGAAUGGAAUUCCCAGCAGCAGAACGGUGUCUAUACCCAAAGUUUACAGCCCCCAUGCGUGUGAUGAAAGGCAACAAGAAUGUUCUAAAAGCAAUGCCUCCUCAGUGUCUAUGAAUAGUGAGUCUACGGAGAUUCUGAUCACUGGAUACCAUGAUACAGGCUUAAAGAAAGAAUCUAAGAGAAACACAAAAGAUGGUGCAUGUGAGGAGAUCCCAGAACCGUGUGAUGAUGAUUUGUCUGCAGCCAGUCAGCAAAAUAGGACACGUCAUCAGAACUCUCUACAGCAUGAUACAGAUGUAACAGGCAGCCUCUCUGCAAUGGAUACCUGCAGUAAAAGUGCCAUGAGCAGGACUCCUGUGGGUAAGAUGGUGUUACCAGGACGACCAUUUGCACCAAGAAAUGUUACAGACUUGAAAGUUGGGAACCUGGUGAAAUUCUCCCAUCCAGCAGGGAAAAUCAGUAAAGGAACAAUCAAGUACUUGGGGCACCUGCUUGGGAGAGAGGAUGUGUAUCUUGGGGUAGAAAUGGAGGGCAGCGAAGAAGGAGAACAUGAUGGAACAUUUCAGGGAACACGAUACUAUCUCUGCAAACCGAACAAAGGAGUAUUUGUGAACUUCAGCAAGGUCAUUAUGGCAUGGGAAUAAUGAAUCCAGGACAAACCCCUCAUAUGAGCCUAUGGACUUUUACAGCAAGUUACUGGCAUGCUAUGCCCUUUGACUAUCUGCAAAGAAACUAAUUAUAUUGUUCUACACAGUGCAUUUGCUAAAAGUGUAUUGAUGUAUUUCCUACACAUUUUUAUAGAAAUGUUUAUUUUAAAAUAUUUUCUGGAACCUUUGUAAACCUUUUUGUAAAAUAAACGUGAAGUGUCGUCAUUCCUGAAGGGACCCUCUUUAAUGACUUGAUUGGAAUUUACUUACCUGACAACGUAGCCUAAUCAGCAGUUUAGCAGACCUUCUAAAUAAGGAAUUACCUGUUAAAUAAACAUCCAUUCCUAUAAAACUUCACAU